AUGGCAGAAAAAACUACGCAAUCAGAGGCUUUGCAGCCUUCGCAACCGGCCGAGAACAUCGAGAACCAGGCCUUACAACACCACCAGGGAGAGAAGACGGCCAGUGGCGAUGAUAGCGCGCAGGCUGAUGAGCGGCCACUGUACUCCGUCUUCUCCUCACGGACCAAAGUCUUCGUCGUCGUGAUGACCGUCUUCAGCACCUUCUUCUCCCCCUUCUCGUCCUUUGUCUACCUCCCGGCCAUCACGCCCAUCGCCGAGGCCUACCACCGCUCCCUCGGCGAGCUCAACCUCACCGUCACCGUCUACCAGAUCCUACAGGCCGUCGCGCCGCUCUUCUUCGGCGACCUCAGCGACCAGGUCGGCCGCCGGCCGGUCUUCGUGCUCACCUUUGCCAUCUACAUCGGCGCCAACGUCGGCCUCGCGCUGCAGCACAGCUACGCGGCGCUCAUGGUGCUCCGCGCCCUGCAGAGCUCCGGGUCCAGCGCGACGGCCGCCAUCGGGAGCGCCGUCGUGGCGGACCUGGCCACGAGCGCGGAGAGGGGCGGCUACAUCACGGCCGUGCAGUCGAGCACCAUGUUCGCGCCGGCCGUGGCGCCUGUCCUGGGCGGAAUCCUGACCCAGUACCUGGGCUGGAGGUCUACGUUCUGGUUCCUAACCAUUGCCGCCGGGGUGUUUCUGGUCUGCUAUGUCCCGUUCGUUCCGGAGACGGCGCGCAAAAUCGUAGGCAAUGGGAGUAUCCCCCCACCAAAGCUGAAUGCCUCCCUUCACUCCGUUCUCGCCCAGCGGCGUAAGAAACGGGACCUCGAGCAGGCAGAGCCAGGUACAACAGCGCCAGCGCCGGAAAAGUCCCCCCUGCGCAUCCCCGUUCCCAAUAUCUUGGCUGCCGUCCGCAUCUGCUUCGAGAAGGAUGUGGGCCUGCUCAUGCUCUUCAUGGCCCUCUUCGUCAUGGCCAACUACGCGAUGUUGAUACCGCUGCAAGACGUCAUCCGGCGGAGGUACAGCUUCAACGACCUCCAGGUCGGGCUGUGCUACAUCCCCUUCGCGGUGGGGUCCGUCACCGGCGCCGCCAUCUCCGGGAAGCUGAUGAACUGGAACUACGCCAGGGUGGCCAGGAGUAUCGGCGUGACGCCCGACAGGAAACGCGGGGAGGAGCUGCGGCAAUUCCCCAUCGAGCGGGCCAGGCUGGAUCUCAUCUGGCCGUGGACUCUCCUGGCCGUGAUUACCACCGUGUGCUGGGGGUGGGUGGUCGAUUUGGGCGUCAAUCUGGCGGCUCCUCUGGUGAUCUUGUUCCUGGCCGGCAUGGGCCUUGCGGGUCCUGUCUCUGUUCUGACGACUAUCCUCGUCGACCUGUACCCGAUGAACGCUGGGCGAGUGUCUUCGGCAUUCAACCUGACUCGGGCUUCGUUCAGCGCGAUAGGCACAGCCGUUGUGCAGUAUAUCAUUGAGGCUUGGGGGUAUGGUUGGACCUAUGUAUUUCUGGGCUUGGUUGUGGCGGCAGCGAGCCCUGCCGUACUGGUUGUAAGGAAGUUGGGGCCUAAGUGGAGAGAGGAGAGGUAUCUGCGUUUCGAGAAACAGGAAGCUAAGAAGGCCACGAAGUGA